AUGGAUGGUCUGGGAGUCAACUUCAAGAAAGCCGUUGAGGGGCAAGCCAGUAUCAACCGCGUUGCUAGCCCCAUCGUCACCUCCUCCGCCGUGGAGUCCGCUAUCUUCUGCACCAUCGACCUCAAUUUCCUCUACGUCGUCGGGUGGUUCGGUUUUCUUUACUCCAACGUCACCAUGGAACCGUCCGUCAUCAUCAUCAUCUUCAUCAUCCUCGUCGAUUUCAAGCCUGGGACUCGGCUUGUCAUCAAGUCCGCACGGCUCAGCAGAAUUAUUUCCUUCACCGCCACCGUAUAA